AUGCACGCCACAAUUUGCCUCAGGAGAGGCUUCUGGAGCCGAAGCAUGAAUGAGCUGAAGCGCCAAACACAAUUCGUGAUGAAUAUGGAAGGCAUCAAGGGUCCUUCCGGUCCCUUGGAGCUGCACUCAUUCCGUGACCCUGACUCCGUCCAAGCAUGCAAAGCCAUGUCGGAUAAGGAUGUCGGCGGCUACUCCAGAUCCCAUCUCGACUGGGUUGGCCCAGACGAGUCCUCUUUGCGAACCCAAGAUGCCAAAAGCAGCGACUCGGAACCAACUGCCUACGCCCGAUUCCACGGCUCGAUAUCCACACAGCUACCAAGCACCCGCCCGGACAUAGAAAGAUCGGGUUUCGCUGGUUGGAGGACGCUAGAUAGAGGGCGAACUGUGUUCGGCAAGAGCUUGUGGAAUAUUGAUCAAUAUACGUAUCUGGCGAUGCGCAUCAAGUCGGACGGGAGAAGUUACCUCAUCAACCUGCAGACAGAGUCGUUGAUACCAACAGAUCUGCAUCAACAUCGCCUGUUUGCGAAACGACCUGGCCAGUGGGAAACCAUCCUGGUCAAGUGGAACGACUUUGUUAGGACGAACCACGGUUUUGUGGUUGAGCCGCAGGCGGAAAUACUGAGGCAAAAAGUGCGCUCCGUCGGCGUGGGUUUGACGGACCGUGUGCCGGGCCCCUUUGAGCUGUGCAUCGAAAGGAUAUGGGCCACAAAUGAUGAGCGGGACGCAACGGACAGCGACCGAGGCCUUUCAAGGUCGAGCGGGCUCAGGAGCAAGCGAGGAGAAGCCAUCGAGUGGGAAACCUCCUAG